GACUAGCUCAUUCACCGACAAGACAGAGAGAAUGACAUUCAGCUGGGAUUUAGCUCCUCUUUCCCUCUGACUGCUGGAUUUGUACAAAAAAAAUGUACACAAAGGAACUGAUCUACUGAGGAUUUGCCAGAUGAAUCCAAACAUGGCAGCUGUACAUUCAUUCAUUCUGUUUCAAAUGUUCUUCGGAUUUUUACACCAAGGUUUGGCUUUGAUUUCAGACUACAAAUUCUGUGGAGAUCCAGAAUGUGAAAGAAUGAUAAGUCGUGUGCAGGCACAGAGAGAUCAUGUUACUAAAGACUGCCGCUUUCUAAACUUUAAAAAAGGAGAUAUAAUUACCGUUUACUACAAACUCACUGGAAAAAGAAAUGAUCUUUGGGCAGGAAGUACAGAGAAGCUGUUCGGAUUGUUUCCAAAAGACGCUAUAAAAGUUGAUCAGCUAUUUAUUGAUGAGAAAAAGGAAAUCCAGGUGCCGACCCAGGAAUUUGACUUCAUGUGCUUUGAUGAAAAUGGUGUAGUAAUUGAGCCCAGCACUGAAUUUGAUGAUACAGAAGAUUUGACACAAGAAACACAAGAAAACAAUAUCAACGAAGUCUACGAUACCCCUAACGAUGAUACAGAAGAGACUGAACCCAUCCAGAUUUCUCCUCAAGACGUUUCCAAUCAAAACAGCCCCGAGACGACAGAAAAAGGUGGGUCUUCGUGGAUAGGCUCUGCUGUUAGUGGAUGGUUUGGCAGGAAUGAACAAAGCAAUGCUGAACCACAGGAUGAAAGCAGCGAAGAAUCCUUCAAAAGCAGAAAAAUAGUGAUGGACAUUGAGGAGCGCCACGCUGAGGAGAAGGAAAACUCUGGAGCAUUUGGUUGGCUCAGCGGUGAAUUGACAAAUGCUUUCGGAUUCGGUAACCAGGAUCUCAAGACGGAUGCUCAGGAAAAUAUUGAUACUCCAACUGAUGAUAAGCAAACCAACUCCUGGAUGAGCAUGGGUAGAGAUGCCUUGGGCUUCGGUGAAGACAAUUCAGCUGAAACCGAAGCACAGAAAGCAGAAGAAAACCCAAACAUGGAGGACCAGAGCUUAAUUAACCCCAAUCAGAGCAUGGAAAACGACCCAGAUGAGGAUGAAAGUGAAAAAGUAGAAGAACAAACGGGGUGGUAUGGUGGUAUCUACAACCAAAUUACAAAUCUUUAUGGAGAAGAGCAAACUAAACAUGAUGAGAAUGAUGAUGAGAUCUUACCUGAGGAAAAAAAACCAGAAUUUGCUACAGAUAUUAAGAACAUUGAAACCAAAGAGUCCGAACCAAGUUCACAGUCCAUAUUUUCAGUCAGUGGCUUGGCAUCAGUUAUGAAGCUUCCGUUUCAGGAAGACGUGGUAGUAAAGACAGAUGAGGAACAGACAGGAAAAAGUGAAGAUCCAGGUAAGGGAGAUUUUGAUGAGGAACAAAGUAAUGAGGAUAGAGAAGAAAAAGAAAUGAUAACUGAUGUUAAUGAGCAGGACUCAGUCGCAACAGACACUGACAUGUUUAAUGAAACUCAGAUGGUGUCUGAUAAAACCAAAACUAUGGCUGUUACUGAAUCUGAUAGCACGCAACAACUAGAUGGAAAGUCCAAUGCAAGUGAGGAAAGCACAUUUACUUUCAAUGCUGAUGUUUUAGUAGAAGACGUGAAGCAAGAUGUGCAAAAUAAUGAGGCUGUAAAUAUAAGUAAGGAUGAUUAUAAUGAGAAACGAAACACUAACAAGGAUCAAGAAGAAGAAAUGUUGAGUGAUGUUAAUGAGGAAGACCAAAACCCAAAAGAUAUACUAGGUGAAACUCCUGACAAAACAAUGGCUCAUUUAAAAGAUAGCAUUGAUACUGAUAGCACUGAACAAAUAAAAGAAAGAUCUAAUGCUUCAGAAGAAAGCGCAAAUUCCAAAAUCCUUGAAAGUAAGUCUGCAGAUAAUUUAAAUGAAGUUAAAAAUGAAUACAAUGCCGAUGUGAUAGAUGUGAAGCAAGAUAUUGAAAAUAAUGAGGAAAAUACAGCAAAGGAUGUAAAUAUAGGUAAGGAAGAAAACACUAGGAAGGAUCAAGAAGAAGAAACAGUGACUGAUGUUAAUGAACAAAACUUAAAAACAACAGACAGCGAUGUGCUUGGUGAAAAUCAGCUUCUGUCUGAAGAAACAGUGGCUUUUUUAAAAGAUACAGCUGAAUCUGAUAGCACUGAACAGCUCGAUGAAAAAUCUAAUAAGACUGAAGAAACAUUCACACAUUUACGAAUCCUGGAAAAGAAGUCUGAAGAUAAAAGUGAAAAUAGCGCCGAUGUUUUGGAAGUGGAGAAAGAUAUGAGAGAUAUGCAAAAGGAUGAGGAAAAGUCAGCAAAAGAAGUCAUUUUAGGUAAGGACUUUUUUGAGCAACUGAAUGUGAUGGAGGAUAAAAUGUCUGAUGCUGACAAGCUAGAAUCAAUCUCAGAGGCUGAUUUAAUCAGUGAAACUCACACAUCUGAUGAAACAAUGAUUUUAAAAGACAGCGUUUCAUCUGAUGAUAUUAGAGAACUGAAUGACUCUUCACCAGACAUUAACAUUCAGAAUGAAAAUGAAGUUGAAUUGGCAGAUAAUUCAAUUAGUGGAGUUAUUCAAAGUGAAAACUACUUAACCGAUUCAGUUGAUGAUAUUUCACAAAGCAAACUGACACCAAAUCUAUCUGAUCAAGAAAAUGUAGACACUACAAAACAGCAAGAAAAUGAUUAUGAUCAAUUUAAUACAGAACGCAUCACUUCUGCUGAUACAUCAAAACAAUUGCAGGUAGAGAUACAUGAUCAGAAAUCCCAAGAAUUAAAUGUUUCCUAUUCAUACAGCGACUCUCAAACGGAGAUGGUCAUUAUUAGUGAAGAUGUAAAAGCAGAUGAGAUUUCAGAACUGACUGUGUCUGAUGUUUUAUUAAAUUAUGAUAAUGAAAAACAAUUAAAUGACAAAGAUGCAACAGAACAUGAUGGGUUAACUAUGGACAGAAAUGAUGGGUUAGUUAUGGACAGAACAGAUGUAUUAGUUAAUGAUCGGUUAGUUAUGAACAGAAAUGAUGGGUUAGUUAUGGACAGAACAGAUGAAUUAGUUAAUGAUGGGUUAGUUAUGGACAGAAAUGAUGGGUUAGUUAUGGACCGAACAGAUGAAUUAGUUAAUGAUGGGUUAGUUAUGGACAGAAAUGAUAGGUUAGUUGUGGACAAUAAAGAUGGGUUAGUUACAGACAGAAAUGAUGGGUUGGACAGAAAUGAUGAGUUAGUUAUGGACAAAAAUGAUGGGUUAGUUAUGGACAUAAAUGAUGGAUUAGACACAGGAGGAAAUGAUGAAUCGGUUAAGGACCAAAAUGAUGGGUUAGUUACGGACAGAAAUGAUGGGUUAGUUGUGGACAAUAAGAAUGGGUUAGUUACAGACAGUUAUGAUGGGUUGGACAAAAAUGAUGGGUUAGUUAUGGACAUAAAUGAUGGAUUAGACACAGGAGGAAAUGAUGAAUCGGUUAAGGACCAAAAUGAUGGGUUAGUUACGGACAGAAAUGAUGGGUUAGUUGUGGACAAUAAGGAUGGGUUAGUUACAGACAGAAAUGAUAGGUUGGACAAAAAUGAUGGGUUAGUUAUGGACAUAAAAGAUGGAUUAGACACAGGCAGAAAUGAUGAAUCGAUUAAGGACCAAAAUGAUGGGUUUGUUACGGACAGAAAUGAUGGGUUAGUUGUGGACAAUAAUGAUGGGUUGGACAGAAAUGAUGGGUUAGUUGUGGACAAUAAUGAUGGGUUGGACAGAAAUGAUGGGUUAGUUGUGGACAAUAAUGAUGGGUUGGACAGAAAUGAUGGGUUAGUUGUGGACAAUAAUGAUGGGUUGGACAGAAAUGAUGGGUUAGUUAUGGACAUAAAUGAAUCACUUAUGGACAAAAAUGAUGGGUUAGUUAUGGACAUAAAUGAUGGAUUAGAGACAGACAGAAAUUAUGAAUCAGUUACGAACAAAAAUGAUAGGUUAGUUAUGGACAGGAAUGAUGGGAUAGAGACAGACAGAAAUUAUGAAUCAGUUAUGGACAAAAAUAAUGGGUUAGUUAUGGACAGAUUUGAUGGGUUAGACACAGAUAAAUCGGUUAUGGACAAAAAAGAUGAAUUAGUUAUGGACAUAAAUAAUGGGUUAGUUAUGGGCAUAAAAGAUGAAUCACUUACAAACAAAAAUGAUGGGCUAGUUAUGGACAGCACUAAUGGGUUAGAUAUGGACAGAAAUUAUAAUUUAGCUAUAAAUAGAAAUGAUAAUGUAGUUAUGGACAGAAAAGAAGUACAAUUUGUUGAGGCAUUAUCAAAAGACAUCACAUUUGAUGAAGAAAAGUUACCAGAUUCAGAACCACUGGAUAUAAGCAAUGAAGAUGAAUUGAGCACAGAAAUAAAUUCACUUGAUGAAGGAAGAGAUCAAAUUCAUCUUGAGCCAAAUUCAGCCCCAAACACCACUAAUGAUGAAAUCAAUAAUACCAUGGAAUCGCAUGAUGGAUCUGUGGAGAAAGCAGGUAUAAGUAAGGACACUGAUUCAGAAAGAAAAUAUACAGAUAAGGUUAAAAUUCAUGAAGAACAAGAGGAACCAAAGACAGUUUCUGAACCCACAGAAAUUGAAUUUGAAACUAAAGAGAUUAAGGAGGACACACACAACAAAAAUGGAUACACAACAAACACAUCAGAAGGAUUUGGGGUCUCAAAGAAUGACGGUCAUGAUCUUGACAUUCCGGAAAAGACAGACAAUGGUAACAUUUUUAACACGGACUCAAAUGGACAUAAAGCAUCCACAGAACCAAAUUUAACAAGUCAUUUCUUCUCAAAGGAAGAGCCAGUUCUGGAUGACAGUACUAAUUAUAUCACACUUGAUCAAAAUCAGACUGUAGAGCAUAAAGAGGAAACUGCAAAUGAUGACAAUCAUCAAACCAAAUCAGAAUAUGUCAGAAAACGGGAGAAAAGAGACACAGGUGUCAUACAUGUUCAAAGUAAUGAUGCUGACAUGGCAGUGCAUUCACAAGAUGAACAGGAAGAGCAGCUUGGAAGACCUCAACACAAAAAGACUUUCAGUCAUUCUCCGGAAAACUUUAAAGUAUAUAAAAACUUACAUUUUCAUCUGAGCGAGCAGAACAUUCAAGAUCUGUCGGAUUUAUUUGGAGACCACAAGUUAUCAUGGCUCGAUUCCAAAAUGGAAAACACCCAUACGGGUCCAGAUAACAAUGAUCUUGAGGAACUCAGUGACUUUGAACAGCUGUUGGAGUAUUAUAUGAAGAUGAACACAAAACUGGGGCUUAUUCAGCAAGAUAACAGACCUGGCGAGGAUAAUGAUAAUAAUAAAGAAUAUCCUGCUCUACAAAAGCUGCUUACCCUUUUAUCUACUCUAAAAAAGACAUAUUCAGCUGCGAUAGCAGAUAUCAAUGUAGAAAGACAAGGGAUCAGCAAAGAUGAAUGUUUUCAUGAGGCAUGUCUAGAUGUGAAUAAGGACACGGUAAUUUCUUCAAAAGAGGUUGAAAAUAAUCCAGUUAUUGCAGAAAUGUCUGAUAUUAAUGACUUGAGCAGUCCUCAAAAUGAGCCAGUUUCUCAGAAGAAGGAGAUUUCAUCAAGUAGAGCUAUUGUGAAGGAUGUUCAGUCUGAGCAAAUAAGAAAAGAGGAGGAUUGGACAUCUUCUGAUAUCAAGAAAACUACUGCCCAAAACCAUGUCCUGUUCUCUGAGGAGCUCGUUGAAUCGCAAAAUGGGGAAGGGUAUUUCUAUCACAUGGCAGUUUUUGUUGAAGACACAAUUUAUGAAAUUGCAUCAAUAGUGGUCAAGGUUGUGUCUUCACUUCCUGAUGACAUUCGGCCUGGUCCUGACUUGUAUGGACUGCCAUGGGAAGCUGUGUUUUUCACUGGAUUUUUAGGUUUAUCCAUACUGCUACUGUUCACCUGCAGGUUCAUUCAGUCUAUCAAAAGUCGAUUAUAUGCAAGUAAAGAGAAGCAAAUGGCACAUAAAAUGGCUGAACUUCUUGACGAAAAGUGUAAAGUGCUGGAGACAUUCAGUGAGGUUAAACAGAAGUUUGAUAAACUAGAGUCCACACUGCAGAACAAUGGCAUGUCAGCACGAGCUGCAGAAAAGGACACUUUAGAGGUGGCAUCCCAGAAACUUGAACAAUCAAAUGCUCAAAUGAAAAAGGAAAUCGAAAGGCUACAAGAAGAGCUGUCUCAGCAAAACAAAGCAAGAAAACAGCAAGAGGAUCAGCUUGCCGAACUUGAGCAGAUUUUAAGGAAUUUAGAGGAGGAAGCUAAAGAGCGAAAGUCACAGUUAGAACAGGACAACACAACACUGAAGAUCCAUGAGAUCAACACAGAGAGACUACAGAAAAACCUGCUGGCAGCAAAAGAAGAGCAUACAAUGCUGCUUGAGAGUAAAGAACAGUUAAUGCAGGAGGCGGAGGGCUGGGGCGAACGUCUCAGUGAGCUGGAGGAGGAGAUGAAAAUGUGUGAAAGAUCUCAUGCUGGCAUGAUGGAGGACUGUGCUAAUAAAGAUGAUCGCAUUAAGUCGCUCACAGAGUGCCUUUUGAAGAUGCGAGAUUGGGAUUCAGAGGACGAGACCAGCAUCGACGGCAGCACUAAUAUAGCUGGUGCUGCGAAUGGAGACAGUUCAGAUUUCCAUCAGAAGCAAAAAGUACAGAAACUUAUAGAAGCGGCCAAGAUGAGUGCAGACUUGAAGUCCUUGGAGGAGGACAAGAACAGAGUGUUCGCCAAACUUGCAGAUGAAAUUAAAGCCAAAGAAGAUCUCCAUGAGGGGAUCAAACAGCUGGAGGAGCAGAAAGAGCUGUUGGUGUCCGAGAGUGCCAAUUAUUCAAGUGAAAGCCAGAAACUCCAGCAGAAACUCCAGAUCAUGACUGAGAUGUACCAGGAGAAUGAGCUCAAACUGCACAGGAUGUUGACGGUGGAGGAGAAGGAGCGUUUGCAGAAGGAGGAGAAGCUCAACAAGGCAGGCAAAAAGAUCAGUCUCGCUGCAGAGGAGCUCAACACUUACAGACAACGAGCUAAAGACCUAGAGGAUGAACUGGACCGGACUUCACAAGCUUUCAAGAAUCAGAUUUCUUCUCAUGAGAAAAAGGCUCAUGAUAACUGGCUUGCCGCAAGGGCAGCUGAUCGGGACCUGGCAGAUGUCAAGAGAGAAAACGCUCAUCUCCGCCAGAGGCUGACUGAUGCCCAGUUUAGGUUUGAUAUUCUUGAAAAGGACGUACGAGAGGGCAGACCUAUAUUUAGAGGUGAAAGAUCUCCUUAUGGACCCUCUCCUCUUGGAAGACCAUCCUCAGAAACACGGACCUUUCUGUCUCCACCAACACUAAUGGACGGCCCACCUCGCCUCUCACCACAGUUUAUGGGUCCAGGCAGAGCAUCCCGUGGUGUGGUAGAGCCCCCUAGUGGUGGGCCAGAAUUUGAGCGCAGUGGCCCUCAUUCUGAUAGUGGCUCGCUGUCUCCAUCCUGGGACAGAGAACGCAGGGGCCCUCCUGUCCCUCCAGGUCACCCUCUCCCAGAUCCGGGUUUGCCAUAUAGGAGGCCUCCUCCGGGUCCGUAUCCCAUGGGUCCUUUGCCUCCUAGACCUCCACUUCCUCCUGAGCAGUACUUUGGAGACAAAUCAGAUUCAUCAUUUCUAAGGAACAGCUCAUCUAUCAGUGAACAUGAGGGCAGAGAAGGCUCUGGAGAUAUGAGGCUGCCACCUGAUCCAGAUUCUCGAAUGGGACCUCUUCCUCCUCCCGGGCCUCCAUUAAUGUCAAUGCCUCCGCCGAUGGACCCAAGGGAUCCACAUUUUCCACACAGGGGCCCUUUUGGACCUCCGGAUUACUUUCCUCCUCGUGGGCCUCAUGUUCUCCCUAUGGGCAUGCGCGGGCCGCUUCCUCCAGGAAUGUUUCCCCGAGCUCCAGUGCCGUUCCCUCAACACAUGGGCUUCCUGCCACCCAGAGCCCCAUCCGACAGCUUCACCCACGGACCUCCACCCAGACCCUCUCCACCCGGCAGCGAACAGCCACCAGACCAGCCACCGGCUCCUCACGACGCCAUCUGAACGCCCGCUUCCUGCAGACUGCAAACCACUUCCUGUUGACAUGCUCAGGGCUGCUUCAUGAAGCCACAGCAGUCUCGUGAUUACACGCUGAGCUUUCACUUAAAGGGAUAGUUCACUCAAAACUAAACAUUUACUCACCUUUCACUUGUUUCUUUUCACAGGAGGUAUUUUGAAGAAUGUUCUGGUUUCAUUGACUAGAUUAGUAGUAUUUUUUGCUAUUAUUGGUGUCAGUGUAGAGCAGUUCUCAUCAUAUCCUAUUAAAACAUCGUAAGAGGAAAUAAGGUUGGAGUAAAUUGUAGUUUUUGAGUGAACUGUCCCUUUAAGAGUGUAAGCAUGGUGAGUUUAUGGAGGAAGCUGACGUCUGUCUUUCAGGAACAGCAGAAGUGCAGCAUUUUGUUAUUUUAAUGAACCUGGAGUUAACUUAUAAAGUCAACAGGACUGCUAGAUGCUCAGGUUUGUGAUGUUAUUAUGCUUUUUUAGUUGAUGAAAGGUCCUCAUGUUUGUCAAAUUGUGUAUAUAUAGGGUGUCUAAGAAGUAUAUAUUGUUAAUAGGAUAUCAUUGAAACAAAACUUUUGGUAACUAAUAAAUCCAACAAGUGAGUACACAGAGAACCGUCCAUGUAGCGUAUAUAUAUAUAUAUUUAUAGUUUUCCUUAAAUAACAGCUCAUGCCUUAAUAUGUGGUCUGAUGAAAUUAUGUACGUUAAUAAUAAAGCCGCAACUGAAAACGGAACU